GUCUGUUAGCUUUGCAAAAGGUCAGGGAACUUUUCUUCACAGACAAACUGUGAGCUCGUGAUGACAGACAAUAUAGAGAGAGACAGAGGAAAGAAAGGAUAGCAGCCUUUUGGUUUCCAACCUGUCUCAAAGAGAAAGAGGAAUUCAGCAAAGGGGGACAUUACAAAAACAAGAGGAAUAAGAAGAUGUUGAAGUUUUGGGUGCUUCUAUUCUUUGCUAUCUUAACAGUAACUAUAAGUGGAAAGAAACAAAAAUGCCUGGGAGGAGCUGGUCAUAAGCACAAACCUACCCAAGAGUAUAACUUACAGGAAUGUACCCUAUAUGCCAAAUCGUCUUGUUGUCAUGCAGACAUUACAGAAGAAUUAGCUCAUUCUCCAGUAAUUAAAGUAAACACCACCUACUGGAACAGAUGUGGAAAUCUCAGUAAAUCGUGUGAGAAUUAUAUGAAGAAGAUAGAGUGCUUUUAUAGGUGUUCACCACAUGCAGCUCUCUGGGCACACCAACAAUAUGAAGCUGCUAUUGAUUCUGUUCCCAUAUGCCAGCACUUCUGUGAUAACUGGUAUGAAGCUUGUAAGAAUGAUCUCACCUGUGUCAAUAACUGGUUAACAGACUGGGAGAUUGAUGAAAAAGGAGAAAACCACUGUAAGAAUGAGUGCAUCUCUUUCAGACAGAUGUAUGCCAAGGGGACUGACAUGUGUGAGACCAUGUGGGGCAGUUCACUCAAAGUUAGCAACUCCAACUGCCUCUGCCUGCAGAUGGAUGAAAUGGAUGACAAGGUGAUUACCCUCAUGAAGGAGAGGUCCUCCAGUAAUAGCAGUGCCACCAGAAUUGAUGAAGAACAAUGUCACCUUGAGAUGGAGAAAACCAAGCCUGAGGAGAUGAAAGAAGAAGCCACAGAUAUAUAGUGAAUGUCAAGUUUUGGUGGGAGGGGUGAGCAUCAUUUUUUUAAAAAGGCUAUCAAGAUAUAUGAAACUUGGGCCCUUUCCACUAAAUAAUUAUGCACUCAUACACACAUAUAUCUAUACAUAUGGCUGACAACCCCAAAAACAUGGAAAAGCAAUCACAAACAUUUAAAAUAACUAUGUAAUUAAAUUCC